ACGGUAUUUUGUUAGCUAUUGCUCAGUAUUUACUGGACAAAAUUUGGUUAAGAAACCCUGUAUUGAAUGCGAACUAAGUUAGCAUCUAAUUGUGUAAUCUCUGAUUGAGUUAGGGAAAUACAGAUUCAUCAUAACUUACUUACGGAAGUAAGGUCCAUCUGCCAGUUGGAUUAACGGAUUAUGAGAUUUUCUUAAACCAUUGGAUCAUAUAUAAUCGAGACGGAUUGAUUGAUGCCAGUGAAACCUAUUCAGAAAUGCAGUUACAUAGGCCUAUGUAUGUGGAAGCUUUAACACUGAUACUUUUCCUACAAGGUUGUGUUUGUAACCCGGAUGCAAAAAGACUUUACGAUGAUUUACUUAGUGGCUACAACAAGCUUGUCCGACCAGUGUUGAACAAUUCAAAUACGUUAACGGUGGAACUUGGCCUUAGACUCUCACAAGUCAUUGAUAUUGACGAGAAGAACCAGAUUAUGACAACUAAUGUUUGGCUUACACAGGAAUGGUAUGACUACAAACUCCGCUGGGAUCCAGUAGAAUAUGGUGGAGUGGACAGAUUGUAUGUGCCUUCUACAGAGAUAUGGCUGCCAGAUAUCGUUCUGUACAACAAUGCCGACGGAAAUUACGAAGUCACCCUUAUGACGAAAGCCACUCUGUAUCCCCAAGGGCGUGUAAAAUGGGAACCUCCAGCAAUCUAUAAAAGCUCUUGCGAAAUCAACGUAGAAUUUUUCCCAUUUGAUGAACAAAUUUGCACAAUGAAGUUUAGCUCAUGGACAUACGACGCUUACCAAGUGGAUUUGGUACAUAUUGGCCAAGCAAGAAGCGGAGAUGGACAUGGCACUUCUCAGAUUGCAAAUGGAGUUGAUCUUCGAGACUAUUAUCGCAGUGUGGAAUGGGAUCUACUUGCAGCACCUGCCAAAAGAAAUGAAAAGUUUUACCCAUGUUGUCCAGAGCCCUUCCCCGAUAUUACAUUCACUGUCGAGAUGCGUCGAAAAACUUUGUUCUAUACUGUUAAUCUCAUUAUCCCCUGCGUUGCAAUUUCAUUCUUAACCGUGUUGGUUUUUUAUCUUCCGUCCAACAGCGGUGAAAAAAUUACUUUGUGUAUCUCAAUCCUACUCUCCUUGACUGUGUUCUUCUUGUUGCUUGCAGAGAUCAUUCCGCCAACAUCUCUAGUGGUACCUCUAAUUGGAAAAUACCUGCUCUUCACAAUGAUUCUUGUUACCCUCAGUAUCGUAGUGACCGUUAUAGUUCUCAACGUCCAUUUUAGGUCACCCUCGAUGCAUGUUAUGUCGCCAUGGGUGAAAAAAGUCUUUCUUAAUAUUCUUCCGCGCUUGUUGAUCAUGCGCAGACCUAACCUCGAUAAAACCAAAGCGCCGAAAGUGAUGAUUCGAACCCCUAAUGGGAUAGAAGUCAGAGACGCUUUCAAUGAGAGGGGAAGAGGACAUUAUAUGUCUGCUAAUAGACACGAUGAAAUGGGUGAUUUAGAAACGGAGGUUAAUAGCAAUAUAGCCCCAGGACUACGUAAACGACACACGGACCCUGUGAUCGAAAAAGCUAUGGAGGGGGUACGCUUUAUAGCUGCGCAUCUCAAAGAAGAAGAUGAAAAUGACCAGAUAAUGGAGGAUUGGAAGUACGUUGCCCUAGUGCUCGACAGACUCUUUCUUUGGAUUUUCACAUCCGCUUGUAUCGUAGGGACUUUCGGUAUCAUACUACAAGCACCGACACUCUAUGACGACAGAGAACCGAUCUCACUGACACCUAUUGCUGAUUGUAGUGCCAAUUAUGGGUCAACUUGUUAAACUAUUCAAAAAAUAAAUUAUAACAUUGUUAGAAAACGAAAGAUACAUGUUAGACUAUGUAUCUAGUGUAGUACAUCAGCGAUUAUAAUAAAUCAAGCCCCAACUUUCAAAAGGAGACGUAGGAAGAAACGGUGUCUUCUUAUAUAGUGCCCUCCCUCUCUCACGAACAAAAUGUCGUUUGAAAACACGGAAAGACAAUAGAAAA